UCAAUUAAUACUAUCUUAAUAAAUGUCUAUCGAUAAAAAUAACAAUUAAUUUUUGAUAAACUUUACUGUACCACUCUUAGUGUAGUCUUUGAAAAUGGAGGUCCUUGUGCUACUGCCAUGGCUAUUUGUUAUUAUAACCGCUCAGGAUACAUUAUACAGCGUGGAUCAACUAUUACAAAGAGGAAUCAGCAGUGGCGACGGAGUUUCUACAUAUGCAGUGGAUGGCGAUGACGGCGCGAUCCAAUCCAACGAGGGCCUGAAUGCGAACCUUGAGGAACAACAGCAAAAAAAACUGCAAAACCUUGGAACUAUGUUUUUACGGAUGGCACAAGCAGCAGGAUUACGGGAAAAUAAAAUAAAACGCCCCCCUUAUCCCCCCACGAAUCCGCAUGGCGGUCCAGUGCAGAUGUACACGGUGUCCGGGGGACCGCUGCUGCCGGGACAACUCAUCGUGUCCGACUUCCACACUAGAAGGGGGGAAGAGGUCGACGUCGACACUAGAAGCGGGGGAGAGGUCGACUUUGAUCCUAGAAGGGAGAUAAUAGAUGCUUCUGGGCCGACUGAAAAGCCUAAACGCAGGCCCUAUAUGAAGUUAAAAUUGCAAGGAUACGUUUACAAAAUGCAAGGAUAAGAUUAGUCAAUAAAAAUGCGAUAAUUCAAAACUCCUAUAUAAGUUAAAAUUUCCUCAAAGUAACAUUAAGGGUCACUUUUACCAAACACUAAACGUAUUUAAAAUGGUAUUUAAAUCAAAUUUUAAAUACAUUUUGUACUAACUGACAGACGUUUGACAGGCGUUUAAAUAUGUUUAGCGUUUGGUGAAAUUCCACCUAAAACUCCAAACCCCAAUUUGUGUUAAGUAUUUUAAUUUUUAAUAAUAUUGUUAACAAUCUAUAGCUACGUUUUAAUAACAAAAUAUCGGUACAAUAAAUAAAUAAACACUUCUAAAUUAUAUGUCGGUAAACACGGUUAAUUAAUUAUAGUAUUGCAAAAAAUAUUGACUUAAACUACAUCAUUUUGUUCAUCCCAUCCUUAUUGUCACCCUUGUCUUUAUCUAGAGACUUAUCAACAUCUGCAGUUCCGUUGCAAUACUUCACAACCCCAUUAUCUGGUUUGCUCGUCCCAUUUUGCGCUGGAGCGAUCAUGAGCAAGUUGUUUCCAUUCCUGUCAGUUGUCAAGUUCCUUAACGGCAGGGGAUGGCGCCAUCUUGGGAAAUAGUAAGAGCUUCUGAGGAACCUAUAGUGCUCCAUUUUGUUUUGGACCACUCGACUUUGGUAGCGUCUGAAGAGCGAACCAUCUUCAUUUUCCUCGUUGCCGAAUUUCGGAAAGUCGUUAGCGCCUUCGAGAAAGAUUUUCGGUUUUGGACCUUCAUCAUCAUUGCAAUAAGGUCGUUUGUACUUCCUGCGUAGGUUCUGCGAUGGGCUAAGAGGUGAUUCGCAUUUGAUUGCUAAGGAGUUGUUCUCUUUGUUAGUGGAGAUGGAAUGCGCUUUCUGCCACUCGAGCACCUCGCAUAGAAGACCGAUGUAUCUGUAAUAAGAAUAUACAUAAUGAACA